CGUCGAUGCGUGUUGUUGUUGUUUUUUUUUUCUUUUUGCUCAACCUAGUUUUGUAACGAGCAGCGUAGCGAGUGGCAGUGCGUGGGUGGGUGCGUUGCGCGCAUUACAGUGUAGAACCGCGACCGACGAUAUUUAUUUAGGAUUGUGCUCGAGAGUGAUCGCGAUGAGCCAUCCUCGCAUUAGCUCGUCGAAGCGGCCGUCGUCGUCGCCGCGCGGCAAAACACGUUGCCGCUGCUGUUGCAGCAGCAGCUACAUCGAGCUGCUUUGAGCUCAACGACAACGUCGACGACGACUCGGCUUCAUGGAGUUGAUCAAAGCCGAGCUGUUGAUCGCGAUGGGCGUGUCGACGUGCGAGACUGCCCAGGCCGAGCAGCGCAGCCAGGCCUGCAACGUCCACCAGGUCCUUCACCAGGGCAUCGGCGACGCUGGUGGCGGCAUCGGCGACAAGAUCAAGUCCGAGUCGGACACCGAAUCCAUCGAAAACAACAACAAUAACAAUGGCAAGGCGGCGACACCGAGUAGCAGUAGCUCGGCCGGCAGCACCAGACCCGGCACACCCGAGGUCGUGGCGAGCAGCAGCCUGCCGAGCCUCAACAACAACAGCAGCGGCCUGAUCGAGGCUUUCUACGCCGACGCCAUCAUUCUGGUGACCGGCGCCACGGGCUUUCUGGGCAAGGCUCUGCUGGAGAAGCUGCUGCGCUCCUGCUCGAGACUCAGCACCAUCUUCGUGCUGAUCAGACCCAAGCGCGGCAAGAGCAUGGAGCAGCGCUUCGCCGAGCUCCUCGAGAAUCCCGUGUUCGAUCGAGUACGCGCCGAUCAACCGGGCUGCCUGGGCAAACUGUCGCCGGUCCUCGGCGACGUCGGCAUGCCCGAGCUCGGCCUCAGCCUCGAGGACCGCACGAUGCUGAUGCAGCGCUGCAACAUCGUGUUCCACAGCGCCGCCACGGUGCGCUUCGACGAGCCCAUCAAGGCCGCGGUGAAUCUCAACACGCGCGGCACCGAUCGCGUCAUCGACCUCUGCAAGGGCAUGACCAAUCUCCUCUGUCUCGUCCACGUGAGCACGGCCUACAGCAACGCCGAUCUCAGGGACAUCCAGGAGAUGGUUUACAGCACGAAAGUGAAGCCACAGACGAUGAUGGAGAUGUGCGAGAAUCUGGACGACGAGACACUGGCCAUACUGGAGAAGAAGCUGAUCGGCAAGCAUCCCAACACUUACACCCUGACCAAGGGCUUGGCCGAGCAGGUGGUGCUGGCCAAGGGCGUCGGCCUGCCCGCGGUGGCCAUAGUGAGGCCGAGCAUCGUCUGCGCGGCCUAUCAGGAGCCCUACCCGGGCUGGAUCGACAACGUGUGCGGCAUCACCGGUAUCCUGAUGGAGAUCGGCCGCGGGACCAUACGCAGCAUCGUCUGCCAGCCCCAGUGCGUCGUCGACAUCGUCCCCGUGGAUUACGUCGUCGACACCCUCAUCUGCACGGCCUGGCACAUCGCCAAUUAUCGGCCCCAGCGCUUCAUCAGCAACGUCAACGACAACAGCAGCACCCUGCGCGUCUACAACUGCACCUCGGGCAGCUUCAAUCCCGUCAAAUGGGGCGAGGUCGGCGAGAUGACGAAGAAGUACGCGAUCGAGUCGCCCUCCAAGUACGUCAUGUGGUAUCCGCACGUCACCUAUCGCUCGUCGCGAUUCUUCCACAAGAUCGCCGUCGGCGUUCUCCACUUUCUGCCGGCCUUCUUCAUCGACAUGGUGCUCAGACUGCGCGGCGGCAAGCCCAAAAUGGUGAGAAUCACCAAGAGGACCCUGCGAGCGGUGCGCACCGGCGAGUUCUUCGCCAUCAACGAGUGGUACUUCCACACGGAGAACGUGCGCGAGCUGAUCAAGAGCGUCAAGGGCUCGAUCGUCGACGGCGGCAAGUCGCGCUUCAACGUCGACCUCAGCCAACUGGACUGGGAGGCCUAUGUGCAGCGCUACGUGCUCGGCAUCAGGAAGUACGUGCUGAAAGACACGCCCGAGACCAUCGGUCGCGCCAAGAGCAAACUCCUCAAGCUGUACUGGCUGCGUCGCGUUAUGCAAACGAUCACGCUCUAUCUGCUGGUGAAAUUCAUCGUGAAGAUCAGCGGCCGGUGACGGGCCGUCCGCCACGGCUGCCGUUGCUGCUCCUGCUGCGCCUCGUGAUCUUCGUCGUCAUCGGUGAAAAGAGAGAAAGAGAGAGAGCCGCGCAAAAAUUUUAUUCCACAUUUAUGGCUGGACUUUUUUUUUACGGCUCGACCGAUCACUCCGAAACAAGUGGAGUGAUUUACAAUCGCAAUAAUAAAACGUGUAAGUAAAGCUUGUUUUUUUGUAACGAGAUAUGUACUUAUAAUUAUUUUUUUUGUAUACCUUACUUCAGUGGUAUAUUAUUAUUACGCAUACAACAAGGUUUACAAUUUUACCCCUAAUUUUAAUAUGCAACGAUAAUUUUUAAGUUUCUCUCUCCUUUCGAUCCGACGUUACAUACAUGUAUCUAGUUACUCAGAAAAUUAUACCGUGCAACAGUUGUCAUAAUAUUAUAUACACAUAAAAUACGUAAGCAUACGAAAAUAGACGUUAGAUUGCAUUAUCAGUUGAAUUAUAGUAAGAGAUCGAAAGAAGAAAAUGACUGAUGUUAAGUGGGUUGGGUAUUAUCAUCAAUAUUAUACAAGUAUUACUCAUUAAAGGACAUAUUCGUGUCAAUGGUAUUUCAUAAUAGUGCCUUACACAUGUAUCGCCGUGUAAAUGUACAUUAAUAAUAAUGGAAAAUCAAUUAAAUUAGUUUUUUAUAUUAAAAAAAAAAAAGAGGUGAAAUUCAAAUGCAGCACCGAUGUGUUUGAGUUACUGGAAAAAAGUAAGAUUUUGUCAAUUACCAAGAAAAUUCGUCACAAUAUGUUAUUUAAAAUGUAAAUCGAAUCGAAGUAAACGAUAGUAUUAUAGUAAUUAUUAUAUUAUGUAAUUGCAUCAACAUAACCAUAUGUAUUUUUAUUAUACAU